AUGACUUCGAUACCAUCAACUCGCGGUCCGCUCAGCUCCAAGGCUGCGCUGCCACACAAGAAUGGGUCGCCAUUUUACCUUGAAAAACCACUUGGACAGGCGCCUCGGGGAGGAAGCCCGCAUUCCGAGGCUGUGGCUUCUUCCGAGGAUGAGAAGGACAUUGUUGUGAAAAAGCCAGCCGGUGCUGCUUCUAUCAAAGAGUUACCCCAAUCGCCAUCAAACUACUUCCAUUCGGCGCUCGGCUUCGGAGAUGAGCUCCGUUCGCCCGGCUACGAGCUGCCUUCGGAAGAAUCCCUUCACUUCAGGAAGACGAUGAGGUCUCAGUCAUACUCAGUGGGGCAAAGCGAGGAUGGUCCGGUUCCAAAUGCGCCGAACCGCGUACGUGCUAGUUUCCAAGCACUGCAUCAGCCUCGCCCAGCAAUCCUUGGCGACCUUCACGAAGAGGAAGUGAGCAACAACCAAGGCGUAAUACCAGUGAGCAAGGCGGCACCCGGUCCUCCUUCUUCUGCCCUGCUUAAGCAAGCACUCGGUGUGCGUCAUCGUGCCUCAAGCACAAGUGUCAACGCCGGCACGUGGUCGCCGCAACGCUCACAGACCUUCUCAGAAUCCGACUAUGCUAUUGACGAAGCAGAUGACAACGAAUCGGAAUCAGGUGGUCAUCAAUCCGUUGGCAUGCUUGGCAGAGGGCUCGCCGACAGGCGUUUUAGUGAAAUGUCACCGCUGAGAACCGACUUUUCUCGCAUGAACGACGGUUCUCAAAGAUUUGCGUGGAACUCACCCGGCUUCGACCCCAUCGACGAGGGCUCACAGAGCAGACGCCAUUCAUUCGCUGUCGUCACUCCUCACUCCCAUACGCGCCUGAACAACUCAUUCUUCUCAAGUGACGGCAACAUUGAAGACGAGCUGAGCGCCUCGCGCAUAUCCCAGAACAGUCAACCUGACAUUGCGCGGAACAUGCAUUCACCAUCAUCCCAGAUGCGGUCUCAGAACUAUCACCAGGAACGGGAAUACGAUCAUUUCAGGUCGAACUCGGGCGAUGAAGAAUCAGCAAUCGAGCUAGGCCAGGCUCACGACCGUGCCUUCGCGCAGUCAUACUUCUCGGGAGUUGGUCCGGCUAUGCGCAGCGCUCACACAACCGUGCCCGGCAUCUCUGCCACGGCUCCCAGCAUGGUAAACCCGUACGCGCCACCGAAUGUCGCCCGUCCGACGAAGCAUUUGUACAUCGUCACCUUCAAAUGCUCCAGGUCCGACGUCUACUACAUUCCUGAGAACGUGGGUCUGGAGGUCAAGGCCGGAGACAUGGUUAUUGUCGAGGGUGACCGUGGACAGGAUCUCGGUCAGGUCACACACUGCGACGUCACGCUGGAAGACGCCAGGCAGAACCUCAAAGAGGCAUCGGAGCAGCACUUCCGUUGGUUGAUGAUGUUCUCGCGCCAUGUUCAGAAUGGCAACAGUGGACUGGUGAACCCCAAUGGCAUGCUUGCUGCCUCUAAUGGCGAACAGUACGGUAGAGAAGGCGGCAUGGGCCCAAGACCUCCCCUCCAGGCGCCAAUUGUUGACGACAUCCGGCCAAAGAUGCUCAAGCGUCUUGCCCAGGGACACGAGAUCCAGGUGCUCCGCGACAAAGAAGGCGCAGAGGCCAAGGCCAAGCGGGUCUGCCAACAAAAAGCUAUUGAGCAUGGUCUUACCAUGGAGAUCCUUGAUGCCGAGUAUCAGCUCGACUACAAGAAGCUCACCUUCUUCUACUAUGCUGACUGCUACAUCAACUUCAACCACCUUGUGACCGAUCUCUUCAAGGUGUACAAAGCACGCAUCUGGAUGUCAGCGGUUAACCCUGCCUCGUUUGCGACUCCAUCCAAUGCUCUCACACAGCUUCCUCCGCCAUCCAGCCUUGGUCCAGGCGCCACUUCCAAUGCCAAUGCCAAUGGAAACGGAUUUCCGACAACGAUGACGAUAGGACCCAGUUACGGACGGGGCGCUUUUAGUGCACCUCGUACCCCCGGAGGCCUUGAAGUAAAUUCUACCGACGCUCAACAAGACUACCAGGAACCGCAAGGACGCCCAGUCUACCACUACGCUCCAUCUCCAGCCUUUGGUGGAUUCAACCCUGUCGCACCGGCUUACGCGCCAACUUGGGUGCAGAAUCCCCCAAUGAACCGUUACAUGCCGUAUCAGUAUGGAUAUGGUGGUGGACCUGGAGGCGGUUACCCCGGCAAUUACUCCCCAUUCCCUGGUCAGGAAGUUGGAGGUUCUCGCGCAGGCGAACACUCUCAAAAUGAUGAGCAGGAUAUCAACCGUGUGCUCGCGCAGAGCCUUUCACUCAAUCAACGUGCCGGUUCCUAA